CAUCGGUACGGGCAUCGUCAGUACGCAAUCCGCGUCCGCUGCAAUCGGAAGAGAAGCUCUCGCGGAAAAUGGUCCCUCUCUCUCUCUCUCUCUCUCGUCCGCCGUUGAUUUCUGUCUCUCGCUCCUAUAAUCAAUGCUUCCGAUGCUUAGAUGCGUCUCACAUUCAAACAAGCUUCAGUUUCUUCUUCGAAAACCCUCUCAGACGACCCUUGUAAAGCUAACCAGACAUCUCUCUCACGCCUCAUCUCAAGAAUCCAUCAUCACCGAUCUAGUCUUGAAAACCGACGGAGAUGCCCUAGUCCAAGCCCUAGAGCUUGAAUUCAACAAAAUUCCCUGCUCGCCCGACCUUGCUGAUCGCGUCCUCAAGCGCCUCUGGAACCAUGGCCCCAAAGCGUUCGCUUUCUUCGAAUUCCUCGACCGCCGCUCCCCCAACGGCUACAAGCACACCAUCUCCACCUUCAACCACGCCAUCGACAUUGCCGGCCGGAUGCGCGACUAUGGGACCCUCUGGAACCUCCUCUCCCGCAUGCGGGCCCGCCGCGUCGCUCCGACGCCCCGCACCUUCGCCAUCAUCGUCGAGAGGCACGUCUCCGCCGGUAAAGCCGAAAAAGCUCUUCGCAUUUUCCUUUCGAUGCACCGGCAUGGCUGUCUUCAGGACUUGUCUUCUUUCAAUACCUUGCUGGAUGUGCUCUGUAAGUCCAAGCGUGUUGAAAUGGCGUGCUCGCUCUUGAAGACUUUCAGGCGGGAAUUCGAUGCCGAUACCAUCAGUUAUAACAUAAUUGCCAAUGGAUGGUGCCUGAUUAAGAGGACGCCGAAGGCGUUGGAGACUCUCAAGGAGAUGGUGGAGAGGGGCUUGAUCCCAACCAUCGCCACAUAUAAUAUCUUGCUCAAGGGUUUUUUCCGGGCUGGGCAGGUGAAGGAGGCUUGGGAAUUCUUCUUGCAGAUGAAGAGGAGGGGAUGCAAUCCCGACAUUGUCACAUAUACGACAGUCGUUCAUGGGUUUGGGCUCGUGGGUGAAAUCGAAAAGGCUCGGAGAGUCUUUGAUGAGAUGGCUGAGCAUGGCUGCCUUCCGUCUGUUGUGACUUACAAUGGCUUGAUUCAGGUUCUUUGUAAGAAGGACAGUGUGGAAAACGCCCUUGUGGUGUUCGAUGAGAUGGUGCAGAAGGGAUAUGUCCCCAAUUCUACAACUUAUAAUGUUUUGAUCAGGGGGCUCUGCCAUGCAGGAGAGAUGGACAGGGCGUCGGAGUUCAUUGAGAGGAUGAGAGAUGAUGGGUGCGAGCCGAAUGUUCAGACAUAUAAUGUUUUGAUCCGGUAUCUGUGUGAUGCCGGAGAGAUUGAGAGGGGUCUCGAUGUUUUUGGAAAAAUGGGUGAUAAUUGCUUGCCAAAUUUAGACACCUACAAUAUUUUGAUUAGUGCAUUGUUUGUGACGAAGAAGGCGGAUGAUGUUCUGAUGGCUGGGAAGCUGUUGAUGGAGAUGGUGGGAAGAGGGUUUGUUCCUCGAAGAUUCACUUUCAACCGUGUCGUGAAUGGGCUUCUAUUGUCUGGGAAUCAAGGUUUCGCGAAGAAGCUCUUGAGAGUGCAUAGUAGGUGUGGUCGUCUCCCUCGGAAGAUCAGAUUGUGAGAUUUGAUUGACCAAUGGUGUUAUGUCUUGUGAAUUUUUUUAUGGCAAGCAGCUAUAUGUUGAAAGUGCCAAUGUGAUUUGCAACUAUGAGGAAGAAAAUGGUUCCCAUCUCUUCCUUCAUUGUCCAGUGGCAACAGUUGUGUGGAUGGUUUUCUUCUCUGAAUUCCAGAUCUAGUGGUCAAAAGAUAUUCUCUUGAAGAAAAGUCUCUUGGUGGUGCAGUGGUCCGGCUAAUAAAAUGGGCAGUGUUUGUGGAACCUUGUUCCAUGUGCAAUAUGGUGGGAGAUAUGGAAAGAGAGGAAUAACUGGAUUUGCAAGGAUGUUCAGCUGUCCAUGUUCUCUCUCAUCGGAAAAAUACAAGGGUUGAUCAUCGAGCAGGCAUCGCUGUCCACUAAAUUCAGUGGGUAGACUACAUCAGAUAUUCUGCGUGAUUGACUGUUUAGCGGCGAAAAUUCAUGAAGCCUCUCAGUUCUCUGUCUGAUAGGAUGCCUUCCCCGCGGCAGAUAUUCUGCGUGAUUGGCCCAGUUUAAUGGUAAAAAUUCACAAAGAUUAUCAGGCGCUAUUCUCUUGAAGAGAAGUCUCUUGGUGGUCCAGUGGUCCGGCCAAUAAAAAAGGGGCAGGGUUUUGUGGAACCUUGUUCCAUUUGCAAAAUGCUGGGACAUGUGAAGAGAAAGGAAUAACUGGAUUUUGCAGGGAUGUUCAGCUGUCCACAUUAUCUCUCAUUGGAAAAACAAAGGGUUGACCAUCGAGCAGGCAUCGUUGUCCGCUAAAUUCAGUGGGUGGACUGCGUCAGAUAUUCUGCGUGAUUGGCCCAGUUUAGUGGUGAAAAUUCACAAAGCCUCUCAGUUCUCCUUCGUGUGGGAUGUCUUCCUUAUGGCGGAUAUUUUACGUGAUUGGUCCAAUUUAGUGGCAAAAAUUCAUGAAGCCUCGUGGGAUGGUUGUCUUGGUAAUUUAGGUAAGGUUUAAGGUGAGAGGAUAAAAAGAUUUUCUUUUAAGCAUAUUUAAAUAAGGGUAUCAUAACUAAAGUCAUCAUCAAGAAGUGGAAAUCCAAUUUACAGCUAUGAUCUUUGACCAAAUCUUGACAUAGGACUAAUUGCCCGUUGAUUGCAGGACCACCUGACAGCCUCUGGAGGAAGAAAAGGUGGGAGUGGAUUUCCGCCUCUGCUAUUUUUGAAAGCUUACUAUUUUUGGAACCAACUAAUUUUGGCGGGGGCGAAUUUUGGAUUUCAUUUUCGGCCAAGUGGCCCGUUUGGCCUUAUUUUGGGGUUUGGAUGGCUGGAGUCAGGCUCUGGUGACAGUUCAGAUUGGAUUGAGGGUGAUUUGGAUGGACUUGUACUGAUUUAUAUGGAGUUGGACAGGGUUCUGCACUGCAAAAGAGAUUGAAGGGUAUUGCUUGUAAGAUUGUGUUGGAGGAAAGCGAGCCGGGCAAUGCAGUUUCCAAAUUGGACCCAAUCGACUACAUGCCGCAUCGUUCCUAGAUAUAUCAAAAGUGGAGAGAGGAUUGGUGGCUCGAUGUAAUUGGGAAGGGAAGUUUUUUUAAGAGGAUGAUUAGGAUUCCAUACCUUGUCAGCAAAAGCUCCCAUUGCAUGAAAGGUAUGAGAUCGUAAUACCUCAAAUAUUUCUCAUUAUUAUUAAUUAUUAGUAUUGGAUGGCACAUAUUUUGCAGGAUCCAUUCAGCUGCUGUGUCUUGGUGUAUGAGCAUUUGGGAAUCUCUUUAAAAGAGGUUUGUUCCACUCCAGACGACAAAAGAAAGUUUGUGUUCAUCUUCUUUUCAAGACACAGAAAUUGAAGCAUGAUAGCUGUUGAGUAAAUGGACAAAACUGAUACCUUUGAUAAUUCAACUAACAUAUCUGUCUUUCUUAGGUUGUAGAUGCUCCUUCAGUUCUGUAAAUGACCUUUCAAUGUAAUUAAAUUAACUAUUUGAUGCAAUCAAUCAUCCAAGAAACUAUUGCAGAGAUGA